AUGGUAAAUGGGACAAAAGCAAUAAUGCAUGUGGAGUUUGAACAUAAAACUUUGAGAACAACUAUUUCCUUAGAUAUGACUUUGUCUACAACACAAGAAGAAAGGCUCUUGCAGCUUAAUGCUUUAGAUGAGAUAAGAAAGUCCACCCCGCAACAUACUGAAUCUAUUCAAAAUCAGCGCAUAAAGUGGCAUGAUUGCUAUAUCAAGGACAAAUCAUUCCAGCAAGGAGAUUGGGCUGUACUCUAUGAUUCUAGGUAUAAAGAUGAUUUGGGAAAAUUACAGACACGGUGGUUAGGACCUUAUGAAAUAAUUGAAACAUUUUCUCAUGGUGCUAUAAGAUUAUCUAUAAUAGAUCCUGUUAAGUUUAAAUUGUUAGUCAAUGGCUAUCGGUUGCGCCUAUACCAUAAACCUCUAAGCAAAGAUGAAUUCCUAUGGUAUUUUUCCACUGCCAAGCAUGCCGAGAUUCUAGCAACCAUUACUAAUGGCUUUGCCGUCACCACUCCAUCUUAA